AUGCGAAAGAUAGACAAUAAAGAUAGUGUGAUCGACAAGCCAGCAUUGAAGUCGCUACAAAAGCUCGAGGAGGAGGUUUUGAACACGAAUUUGAAUAUUUCUGCGAAGCUGGAUAAUAUAGCCGAUCUUGCUGCGAAAGGAAAGGAUAAAGAAGCUGCACAUUUGCUGGUGGAAAUGAAAAAGGAAAGAAAAGAGCAAGAAAUUCUGCUGAAGAAGCAAGAAGAGAUUGUUCAAGAGUUGCAGAAGCAUGUUGAAGAGAAGGUAAAAGCGAAAGAGUCCGGAGAGAAGGUCGAGGAGAAAGUGAUGCCCGAAGCCAAGCGCGAUGUCGAAAAGUCGAAGGAAUCCCUUAAGAUGGUCGAAAAGGCGGAGAACAAGCCAGAAGUUGUCAAUGCCGAGAGAAACGCCACUCAAAAUUCCCAGCAACUGUGCAAGAGAAGGAGCUGA